GCGGGAUCAGCUGAUGGGAACUGACUGACUCACCACUUCCCGGAGCAAAUGUAACCACGCCGAGCUGAGGACACAACAGCCGAGUGGAUCUGAAUGUUUUCCGAGUCCAGUAGACUCUGUUUCUGCUGAGGAGGGUCAGUCUGAGCUGCUGGAUCCGGAUUCAGAUUCUGGUCUCCUGUGUGGAUCCAUGGCGGCUGUGUGACUCUGAAGUGACCGGAGAGGUGAAGAUAAUCCAGAUUAAAGAUGUCCGUCCUGGAGGGGAGAGGGUCCUCCCCCGUCCUCCUGUCUCCUGGGAUGGAGAACCCGGCCGAUGUCCCCGUCCUGGAGAUCAAACUGGGAGCAAUGGUGGUGCUGCUGUCCGUCAGCGUGCUGUUUGGAUUCGCCCCGCUCUGCAUGUUCCGGGGAGUCGGCCGCUGCAGCCUGGACCCAGAUUUGCGGCGCAGGCUGCUGAGCCUGAUCAGCUGUUUUGCUGGCGGAGUUUUCCUGGCCACCUGUCUGCUGGACCUGCUGCCGGACUACCUGCAGAGCAUCAACGAGGCCUUUAGCAACGCAGGAGUCACGCUCCAGUUCCCUCUGUCGGAGUUCAUCCUGGCCAUGGGCUUCUUCCUGGUCCUGGUCCUGGAGCAGGCCGUCCUGGCCUUCAAGGACCAAUCAUCGCCUCACGUGGAGGAGCGUAGGGCGCUGCUGGUGGACUCCAGCGUCCAGGCAAACGACAGGAACGUCCGCCACCGCUCCCAGCGCCACUGCGCGUCAGAGGGGUCCGAUGGCGGCAACUUUCACGUGGACUCCGGCUCCCAGUCGGCCCUGCGCGCCUUCAUCCUGGUCUUCUCUCUGUCGCUGCACUCGGUGUUUGAGGGUUUGGCGUUGGGGUUGCUGGACAACGGGAAGGCAGCGCUGGAGAUCUGCCUGGCGCUGAUCAUCCACAAGAGCGUCGUUUCCUUCAGCCUGGCGUUCAAGCUGAGUCAGAGCCGGCUGCGGCGCGCGGCGGUGGCCGGCUGCGUGCUGCUGUUUGCCGCGAUGUCGCCGCUGGGCAUCGGCGUGGGCGUGGCGCUCAGGGAGAGCAAGGCGUCCCCGCAGCACCAGCUGGCCCGCUGCACGCUGGAGGGGCUGGCGGCGGGAACCUUCGUCUACAUCACCUUCAUGGAGAUCCUGCCACACGAGCUACGCUCUGGCGGGAACCGCAUCCCCAAGGUGGCCAUGCUGCUGGUGGGCUUCGCCGUCGUCACCGGCGUGCUCUUCAUCAAAGUGUAACCAUACAAUACAAUACAAUACAAUACGAUACAAUACGAUAUGAUAUGAUAUGAUACGAUAGGAUAGGAUAGGAUACCAUUCAAUACGAUACGGUAUGGUAUAAAUAUGAUACAAUAUGAUACGAUCGGAUACAAUGCGAUACGAUACUAUACGAUACUAUAGGAUACUAUACGAUGCUAUACGAUGCGAUAC